AUGUUUAGGAUGAUCAAUCUACCUUGGUGCCCUUUUAUCUCCUGCAAUGCACAAGUGAGAUUUCAAGCUAGAGUUGGACAUCUACUAGCUGCAGCAUCAGAUAAAGUGGUGACCAUCUUUGAUGUCGAAACUGAUAGGCAGAUUCACUCAUUCCAGGGGCAUUCUGAAAUGGUAAACUACAUAUGCUGGGAUUCAACUGGAGAUAUUUUGGCUUCGGUUAGUCAGAACUUGGUGAAGAUUUGGUCGAUGGCCUCAAGGGAGUGCAUUCAAGAGCUCAGUUCCAAUGGGAACCGGUUUCAUUCUUGUGUUUUCCAUCCAAGUUACUCCACUCUCUUGGUUAUUGGAGGAAUCUCAUCAUUGGAGCUAUGGAACAUGGCCGAGAAUAAGAGCAUGACAAUCCCGGGGCACGAGAACAUAAUCGCAGCCCUGGCACAGUCACCCGUCACUGGGAUGGUUGCUUCUGCAAGCCAUGACAGCACUGUCAAGUUAUGGAAAUAAAUCCAGAAUGUGGCCGCAUGGUGAUCAGUCGGUGCUGCUCUCACUUACAUGUAGAUCCUAAAGCUAGCAGUCACAUGGUGGUUAGAUCACUUGUAUAAUUUUUUUCUUUUCAACUGCUACACAGCAUAUAAGUGUUGCUUAUAGGAUGGUUUUUUUCAUCGUUAAAAGUAAUAGAGCACGAAGCAAGUAAUUAAGCUAGUAAACCUAAGAAAAUAGUUCUAGGAAAAAAAAAUCCCGAGAAAUGUUUUAUUCAUAGCUUAAUGAAUACAUAAAUAGGUAGCGCCUGAAUAUAAA